AUGGGUCAACGCACAUCCAAAAGCGACGUGGCGGACCAGGGGGCCCUCCCUCACAUCCGCUUCUCUGCCAGCGAAGAGGGACCCCCAAGGUACUCAACACACCAGUUUGACACCAGCGGGCAGCGCCAGGACUUUGCUCACCUCGAGCUUCCGCCGACCAUCGUCGUCUCGGACUUGGAUGGAAGAGCAUCAGAGCGCCGGGACUCGAGGCAGGAGCUGCGCAGGUCGUCCAUCUACAGCACCAUCGACCUGGUGCCGCAGCUGGAGCUCUACGCCAACUCGCUGCAGGGCCGGCAGUCCAGGGGCCGGCCCUCACUGGAGACUCUGCGCAGGGCGUUUGAUGUAGAUGACUCUGGAGUCAGCGGGGUAGAAGUCACUGACAGUGGGCAUGACGAGUCACAGAGUCCAAAGGAGGAAAAAGGCCCUGUGCGAUUUGGCUGGGUGACUGGAGUCAUGAUGCGGUGUAUGCUCAAUAUCUGGGGAGUCAUCCUGUUCCUCCGCUUGUCCUGGAUCACCUCUCAAGCAGGCAUCUUGCUGACUUGGCUUAUCAUCCUAUUGUCGGUGGUGGUGACCUCAGUGACGGCGCUCUCCGUCUCCGCCAUCGCCACCAAUGGGAGGGUCUCCUCAGGUGGUGCCUACUUCAUGAUCUCCCGCACGCUCGGUCCAGAGAUGGGUGGGCCCAUUGGCGUUGUGUUUUCCUUCGCCAAUGCUCUGGCGUGUGCCCUUAACACGGUGGGCUUUGCGGAGACCAUCCGUGAUCUCCUCCAGGAGUUUGACAUCGUCAUGGUGGAUCAAACCAACGACGUCCGUAUCGUGGGUGUGAUCACAGUGACUGUGCUGCUGCUCAUUUCUGUGGCUGGAAUGGAGUGGGAGUCCAAGACUCAGAUUGUGUUCUUUCUAGUUCUUAUGGUCGCAUUCACCAACUACUUUGUGGGCACACUGAUCCCUGCCAGUCCAGAGAAAAAAGCCAAGGGCAUCUUUAACUACCGCAGUGAGAUCUUCAUAUCAAACCUGCUUCCAGACUGGAGAGGCCCUGAUGGUAGUUUCUUCAAAAUUUUUGCUAUUUUCUUCCCCUCUGCUAUCGGCAUCCUGUCUGGGGCCAACAUCUCUGGGGACCUCAAGGACCCAGCCACUGCCAUCCCAAAAGGCACUCUCAUGGCCAUUUUCUGGACAACAGUGAGCUAUCUAGCUGUUUCUGUAACCAUCGGCUCCUGUGUGGUACGGGAUGCGUCCGGCAGGCUAAACGACAGCCUGACUGGGAACGUCUCUGACAGCUGUGACACACUGGGAUGUAGUCUGGGCUGGAACUUCACAGAGUGCAUCCAGUCACAGUCCUGUGAAUUUGGUCUGGCCAACAGUACAAAGGUACUCGGGCAAGUUUCAGGUUUCUACUACCUCACCACUGCUGGUGUCAUUGCAGCCAGCUUAUCGUCUGCCCUCUCCUUCCUCGUCUCCGCCCCAAAAGUCUUUCAGUGCCUGUGCAGAGACAACAUAUACCCGUACAUCGGAUUCUUUGCAAAGGGUUAUGGGAAAAAUGAUGAGCCUCUCCGGGCGUAUCUGCUCUGCUACUUCAUUGCUUUGGCCUUCAUUCUGAUAGCUGAGCUGAACAUCAUCGCCGCCCUGAUCUCCAACUUCUUCCUCUGUUCCUACGCCCUCAUCAACUUCAGCUGCUUUCACGCCUCCAUCACAAACUCCCCUGGUUGGAGACCCUCAUUUCACUACUACAGUAAAUGGACAGCCUUGUUUGGAGCUGUGAUCUCAGUGGUGCUGAUGCUCCUGUUGACCUGGUGGGCCGCUCUCUCCACCUUCUGCAUCAUCUUCUUCCUGUUGGGAUAUGUGGCUUACAGCAAGCCAAAGGUAAACUGGGGCACAUCGGUCCAAGCUGGCACAUACAACAUGGCUCUGUCAUACUCUGUUUCCCUGUCUGGAGUGGAGGAUCAUGUCAAGAAUUUCAGACCCCAGUGCCUGGUCCUAACUGGGCCCCCGAACCAGCGCCCGGCUCUGGUGGACUUUGUUGGCUCCUUCACCAAACACAUCAGCCUCAUGAUCUGCGGAGACAUACUCAUGGAGCAGGACAGACAAACUCGGCCCCAAAAUGCAACAGAUUGUUUGGUGAAAUGGUUGAACAAGAGAAAGGUGCGCUCGUUUUAUGCUCCUUUCACUGCAGACAACCUCAGAUCUGGAGCACGACAUUUGCUACAGGCUUCUGGUCUAGGAAAGCUGAAGCCCAACACUCUGGUUCUGGGCUUCAAGACAAACUGGAGGGAAAGCUCCUCUGAGAGCCUGGAGGACUAUAUCAGCACCAUAUAUGAUACGUUUGACUCCAACUACUGUUUGUGUAUCCUGAGGAUGAUGGAUGGACUGGAUAUCUCUGACCAGUUUGACUGUGAAGUGAAUGAAGGAUUUGAGCCUGAUGAUCCUGCUGAAAACAACGACCAUCACUCUCCUGAGAGGGGCUCUGAUGCAGUCGACGCCGUUUCUGAUGGCAAACCCAACGAGCAGAUCAAAACGGUGUUUCAGAAUGACCAGGGCAAGAAGACCAUCGACGUCUACUGGAUAGCCGAUGACGGAGGUCUGACGCUGCUGGUGCCCUACCUGCUCACCAGGAGAAAACGCUGGCGCCAGUGCAAAGUCCGGGUCUUCAUCAGCGGAGAUGAGCACAGCAUGGAGGAAGGCCGCAAGGAGAUGAUCUCACUACUCAAGAGGUUCCGGUUGGAUUUUCAUGAUGUUAUAGUUAUGACGGACAGCGAGAAAGCUCCUCUCACCAAAAAUGUCAGUAGAUUUGAGGACACUGUGACCCCCUUCAGGCUAAAGGAUGAGCAGCAAGACGACACCUUGCCUCAGGAGCUGAGGCAGCGUAGCCCUGGCAAGAUAUCUGACAAGGAGCUGGAGGCUUUCAGACUGAAAUCAGAGAGAAAAGUGAGGCUGAACGAAAUCAUCCGGAGGAAUUCACAAAAUACUGCUCUCAUCCUGGUGAGUCUUCCAGUGCCGCAGAGCGACUGUCCCAGCGCUCUCUACAUGGCCUGGCUGGACACGUUGACCUGUGGCCUCCACUGUCCCACUGUCCUGAUACGAGGAAACCAGCAGAACGUCCUCACUUUCUACUGCCAGUGAACCCACAGCACAGAGAUGGACAAGUGAUCAGUGAACACCGUCUUGGUUAUCUCUGGAUUAUCCAAGGACAUGAUGCUUAAAGUCCAGUCAAAAUUAAAUAUAUUUGUACAGCCCUUAGCUAAACGGUCUCAAAGGGAUUAUGUAA